CGCGUUUUUAACAUCGUCCUCUCCAUCCUAGCAAAUAGAUACCUAGUCAUGUCUGCUCCUGCUACACAUAUUCUUGAGGGCAGUGCUCGCCCACAUCCUCCGGAAUCUCAGCUCCUUGGAGAGGUUAAAGAGAGCAAGCAAGUUGGCUUCACUGUCCUUGUUCGACCAAAGGCCGGAGCUCCAGAGCUGCCCGAUUUGGAGUUCUGGGAGAAGACUCCCUUAAAUCAACGGAAUUUCCCAACACCUGAAGAAUUUGCUGAGAAGUACGGAUCUUCAGAAGAAGAUGCCGCAACCAUAGCUUCUACACUGAAAGACUACGGAAUGACAAUUCUCGAUCAGAAUCUUGGCACUGGAGCCAUCACUGCUGUUGGAACAGCAACACAGAUCAAGUCCCUGCUUGGUGUCCAACUCAACUAUUACCAUAAGCCAACGCCAGUGGCUAUUGUAUCCAAGAGAAGAGGCAUCAAAUUGGGAAGCCAACACCCGCUGACCGAAACCUAUCAUGGGUACACCGGUGAACUGUCAAUUCCAUCUCAUCUUCAUGGACCUAUCACCCAUAUUGUCGGACUAGACAGCAGAAGCAUUUCAGCACCAGGAGGUUUCUCGGGAGAUCCACCCAACUCAACCAGACUGCUGGUCACAGACGUCGCCCAGAUCUACAACUUCCCACCCGGUAUCGACUCCACCAACCAAGUCAUUGGAAUCUUCAACGGCGGUUGUCCAAACAGCAACUACAAUCCCACGGAUAUCACAAAGUACUUCUCCAACCAGAUUCCCGGCUUUCAGAAAGUUCCGACAGUGGUACCAGUCUCAUUAACUGUUGGGUCGAACAAUUACAGCAACAACCCGGCCUUUCCCACUGAUGAAGUCACACAAGACAUUCAAACUUCAGCAACUAUCGCUCAAGGUUGCACAGUCAAUGUCUAUUUCAGCGACUAUACGGAGCUUGGUUGGGUGACCUUCCUCAAUCGCCUCAUUACACCUGGAACAGAGAAGAGACCACAUGUCGUUUCAUGCAGCUGGACAAUGUACGACGAGUUCUAUCUCGGUACCAACUUCAGCACCCUCUUCCAGCGUCUUGCAGCUUCGGGGGUCACUUUCUUCGCUAUCUCUGGUGACUGGGGAUCCAACGACAACGAUCCUGGAGCAGAGCAUGUUGGAUAUCCCGCUAGUGACCCAUGGGUUACAACAGUCGGCGGAACCGUAGUCGGCAAUGUCGUGAAGUCAACCGACAAGAUCACCUUCGACGAGUACGCAUGGAGCGACAUCAAUAAUCCCUCGUCCCAAUUCACUUUCCCAGGCGGCGGAACCACAGGUGGAGGAAUGAGCCAGAUGUUUCCUACUCCACCAUACCAGUUAAAGUACGUAUCAACAGCCUUCAAGGUGCCAUCCUUCAAGGACUCCGCUGGCACCGUCAAGACGGGCGGGAGAUUCCUUCCCGACAUUGCGGCGAAUGUGGGCUACAAUGGCUUCAUUCUCGGCGGGUCACCGUUCAACUUCAUUGGGACUUCGUGCUCUGCUCCCUUGAUGGCAGGCCUGUUCGCUUCCUAUGGCGCUGUACUUCAUCGGUCUUUUGGCCUGCUGAAUCCCACACUGUAUCAGCUGGGACAUUUUCAAUAUGCGACUCCACCAGUCACAAGGCCCCAACGAGUGUUCAAUGAUGUGAAAAUUGGGAAUAACGAUUCGGGUGAUACUCCGGAUGAUCCGUAUUUCACCGCUGUCUCUGGAUUCGAUCCUGUGAGUGGGUGGGGAAGUGUGAAUGGUCCCGGAAUGGAGUAUGGGCUUCGUUAUUCUCCCCCUUAAGGUCGAUGUCUUGCACUGAAUCGAAUUUUCCAAACUAUCAGAUUGGUAGCAAAGAAUGGUUAUUGGGAUUCGUGGCCUCGGAUUCAGUCGCUUCCUUCUCGUAUCUGGGCAGAAACAAUGGAAACGUUGAUUGUCCUAUUGAUAUCCAUUUUUGAGUAUCCUGUUAUUGAU